AUGUCAUCCAACUUGUUCAAAAGCACAGUCAAUGAGUACCUAGAGGACCUUCCAGAGAAUGUUCAAUCAAAGCUAUACGAAGCAUCAGCAACAUGUCUAUCCAUAUAUAGACUUCUAUCCCCCAUGGCCAAGUUUUACAUCAUGUCCAUGGUUUUCAAUGAAAAAUCAAUAGCAAUGAGAGACUUGACGAAAUGGUGUAAGCCACUGGCAAAAAAGAUGGAGUUUGAGGCAUUGAAACGGUUGGAGUCGUUGCAUCUAAUUGAAUACGAUAGCAAAGGAGCACAUGUUCGGUUGAAUUCCAUCUUUCGAUCAAACUUUCGAGAUUGUCUCACCGGGUCGCAAGACCCCAACGCCUUUGGAAGUAUAAGCACAGAUGAUGAUGCAGACAAAGUAGAUAUUGCAUUUCUCGACAAGUUUGCUUCACAUGAAUGGGAAACGAUUUUGCACUUUAUGGUUGGUACAGAAGGUACACCAGCACCAUCGGGCUCUGUCCUAAGCUUGUUAAAAUUAGGUGGUCUUAUGGAAGGCGAUGCAAAUUUGAAUAUCACAAAUACAGGGUUUCAAUUUCUUUUGCAAGAUGUGAAUGCCCAAAUAUGGACAUUACUUCUACAGUACCUAAAUCUAACAUCCGAGUUGAAUAUGAACCCAGUGGAUGUUUUAAAUUUUAUUUUCAUCCUUGGGUGUUUGGAACUAGGCAAAAGUUAUUCAGUGUCGAGUUUAAGCGAGACUCAAGUGAGUAUGCUUGCCGACUUGAAAGAUCUCGGACUAGUAUACCAAAGAUCGGACACCUCAAAUAGGUUCUACCCAACUCGGCUAGCUACAACGCUUACAUCAGAUUCAUCGGCAUUGAAAACUCCAUCUAUGGCUGUAGAGCAGGCUUUGGAAGAAAAUGAAGGUCAAAUGAUGACCUCUAAUAGCCGAGAAUCAAUCAUCAUUGAAACCAACUUUAAGAUCUAUGCAUACACCAACUCACCGUUGGAGAUUGCAAUCCUUAAUUUAUUUGUUCAAAUGAAAACGAGAUUUUCAAAUAUGGUCUGUGGUCAGAUCACACGAGAAUCUAUCAGGAAUGCAUUAUAUAAUGGAAUAACGUCUGACCAAAUUAUCAAGUUCUUGGAAACGCACGCUCACCCUCAAAUGCGUGCCUUGGCUAAGGAAAAGUUGGAUAAAAAGGUGGAGUUUGAUGCCAGUCAUAACAUCAAUACCGCUGGUGGUGCACCUCAAAGUAAGACUGACGGAGCAAUAUCCCAACACAAAUUGGAGGUGAUUCCGCCUAAUGUUGUUGAUCAGAUCAAACUUUGGCAAUUGGAACUUGAUAGAAUACAGACAGUCGAGGGUUACUUGUUCAAAGAUUUUGCCAAUCAGCAAGAAUAUGACAUGUUGUCGAAUUAUGCAACGGAAUUGGGAGUGUUAGUAUGGGGUGAUAAGGUCAAGCGAAAGUUUUUUGUAACAAAAGACGGUAUGGCACAGGUUGCAGACUAUGCCAAUCGAAAACUAAGAGGCUAA